CAAAGCCUUGGACGGAGCAUUUGCCACCUGACCCAGAGAAGUGCCCGUGGGACCGUCGUUGCCGUCGGCGGUGCUUUCUCUCAGUGGGGCGCCUUUAGCCUGCCAACAUGACUGACCAGCAGGCAGAGGCCCGGUCCUUCCUCACCGAGGAGAUGAUCGCCGAGUUCAAGGCCGCCUUCGACAUGUUUGACGCGGACGGCGGCGGGGACAUCAGCACCAAGGAGCUGGGCACGGUCAUGCGGAUGCUGGGCCAGACGCCCACCAAGGAGGAGCUGGACGCCAUCAUCGAGGAGGUGGACGAGGACGGCAGCGGCACCAUCGACUUUGAGGAGUUCUUGGUCAUGAUGGUGCGCCAGAUGAAGGAGGACGCCAAAGGCAAGAGCGAGGAGGAGCUGGCCGAGUGCUUCCGCAUUUUUGACAGGAACGCGGACGGCUACCUGGACGCAGAGGAGCUGGUGGAGAUCUUCCGGGCCUCCGGGGAGUCCGUCACCGAGUCCGAGAUCGAGGAGCUCAUGAAGGACGGGGACAAAAACAACGACGGGCGGAUUGACUUUGAUGAGUUCCUGAAGAUGAUGGAGGGUGUCCAGUAAAGCCCUUCGGAGAAGACAUUCCUGCCAUGGGGGCCGCCCCCUGCCCCGACCCCCGCCGGCCCCCCAGCAACAAGGAGAGCCCUCCUUUUCGGCCCGGCGCUCGGGAGUUUGCCCCGGACACCCCUUCCUUCUUCCCUCCCUUCUGUUUCUAAGUUUGGCAUCUCAAUAAAGAGCAAAGGACUGGAAAAUAA